AUGGCGGCCGCCGCCCGCCGGCUCCUAGGGAGCCUGAGCCGAGGGUCGGGGUUGCGGGCGCGCCCGCCGCCCGCUCGGGAUCCCCGCGUCCGCCUGCACGGGGGCGGCCCCGACUCCCACUUCCGGAGCGUCUACAGUCUGGACAAGCUCUACCCCCGCUCCAGCGGGACGGACGCGGCCUGGAAAGUGCCGGAUAGCACAGUACAGGCCGGCACAGACAUUCCCUUGGACCGCCUGACCAUAACCUAUUCCCGGAGCAGUGGGCCCGGAGGGCAGAAUGUGAAUAAAGUGAACUCCAAGGCCGAGGUCCGGUUUCAUCUGGCUUCGGCAGACUGGAUCGCCGAGCCGCUCCGACAGAAGAUUGCCAUUGCGCAAAGGAAUCGGAUCAACAAGUUGGGGGAGCUGAUCGUGAACUCGGAAUCGAGCCGGUACCAGCUCCGGAACCUGGCCGAAUGCCUGCAAAAGAUCCGGGAUAUCAUCAGCCAGGCCAGCCAGGAGCCCAAAGCCCCAUCCAAGGAGGCCCAGGAGCUGCACAGGCUCCGGGUUGAGAAGGCGAACCGUGAGAGGCUACGGCAGAAGAAAAUCACUUCGAUCAACAAGGCCAGCCGCAGGGCGGACGUAGACUGAGGGCCCGGGCCGCAGCUACCCCAGGGAGCACAGCUAGAGCCGUCGUGGGAUGAGACUGGUUCAGGUUGAGGAAAAUGAGGGGAAGACUCAUCCACGGUCCAGAAACCUGCGCCGUCUGGAUAUGGAGUGGAGCUGAAUUGCGCGCUGGAUGUGGGCCAAGGGAUCGUUGGAGAAUGGGGAGGGUGUCUCUUCACUGCUCUUGCUGAUGGUUUUGAGGAACUGGAAUAUGAAAAUAUUAAAUUCUUCCCAGGAAA